AAAUUUCUCUGUGCGAAAUCUAUUUCAUAAUAUUUUCGUCUCAAGACGUCCGAAUACAUUUUAGAAUUUAGAGCUUUCAAACAACACUGCACCUACUCGAUGUUCAUUUUAUCAAACUCUCCUAAUUAUUGCAGUCAGUUUUUCAUCCGGUUGACAAAACAAUGAUGAGCUUUCUAUUUUAAAAGAACCAAACUUGACAUCUUAGCAACAAGCUCGACGUUUCUUCGCGGUAAAGCUGACUUUGCUAAGCCAAUGGAUGCACUCCAUUGCCCCCUGUCGACCUGGACAAGCCAAAUCACAGUUUCACUUUAGUCCUCCUUUGGCUCUUCAGUGUUUGUCGAUCUAUAAAAGGAACAGAAAUAAGCAACCCGGGAGCAUUCAGAUGGCAGAGGCCAGCAGGACGGUGCGUGUGAGCGGCCUGCCCCCGGAUGUUGAGGAAGAGCGACUGAUCGAUAAAUUAUCUGUUCACUUUCUGCGCUCCAGCAAUGGCGGAGGGGAAAUACUCUCUGUUAACAUUGAUGAGAGCAAGCCCAACAGUGCCCUGGUCCAGUUUGAAGACAGUAGAGUGGCCCAUAGAGUCGUUCGCCACGGCCGACACAGUCUCAAAGUGGAUGGGAAGGAGUACUUGCUCGACGUCAGCGAGCAUCACAAGACUUUGGAUCCGAACAAGGUCAUCACAAGUCUAACAGCGACUGUGGACUACAGUCAGAUUCCGAAGGGUAGAAGCACAUUGACUCGUCUCCUCCGGGAUCACCCCGAUGUCGAGACGAACUGUGACUCGACAAAGAAUUUGUGCCGACUGCGCGGUGGCUACACCGAAGUGCAGUCAGUGUUGGCGCAGCUGCUUGCCUGCCGUCCAAAGUAUUUGCAGUCGGAGGAGCUCUCAGCUUCGAGUCAACUGACCGUUGGUUGUUCCGAGUCUCUGACCAAGACCCGCAGUGAUAGAGUGGACAAACGAAGUCUUACUGGUGGUUCUCCCACCACAGAGGAAGACCUCUCGCUGGUGGUUGAUGCAGAUGUGUUCAAGUAUCUGCAGAAGCGCUACGGGCAGGACUACCAGCGCCUGCAGUGUCAGCAUGGCGUCGAAGUGGUAGAUGUGACAAAUCAGGGGAUCACCACUCUGUUUCUUCAGGGAGUAAAUUGCAAGGACGGGAAGGAGCGAGAGCAAAUAGAGCUCGCAAAGUCGGCAAUAAGUGAGCUUUGUCAAAAGAGCGAGAGGAGGAUCUGUCAGGCUGAGCUACGCAAGUGUGACCUAGACCCCAAGAGGGACCUACAGCAAGCAUGGGAGGCUCUAAGUGUCAGAUUUCCUGAGCUUCUUUUCAGAGAAGAUAACAGCUGUGUCUUCCUCAUCGGUGACCAGAACGAUGUGUCCGAGGCCAAGCAGUUUCUUUUGCAGGAGCGUUGCACGUUGGAAACAGAAGAAAUCGGCAGUCUUCUUGGAACUCCAUCUUCUCCCCGAAUGACCAAGGAAGAGCACGACACCCUUGCUGUGUCUCCGUCUAUCUCCAGAACUCAGGAUGAUCGUAAGGAUCUUGUUCAGCUAUCAGAGAAGGCGAAAAAAUCAGAAGGUGGCAAAAUGUAUCAUCUGGCUGCUCGCUUUAAAGACACCGGCUCGGCACUACCGAGUCCUUCAGUAAGCUUGUCCUUACGCAGAACCUCAAAUCCAAGUAGACAUUCUACUCAAGAGUUGAGGUCAGAAGCAGCAGGAGACCCAAAUAGAGUUUUGCGUCCAUUAAUGAGGAGUAGAACAACAUCAGACACUUCAGCAAAGAGUAAAAGACCGUGCUUGACCACGACUCCGCUUCCUAUGCCUGGAAAAGACCACAUGGGAUCCAAUGCAAAGAGAACUAACAGUUUUUCUGGAGUAACACAGCAGGGACUUCAGAAGGUUGAAGGAGAUUCCUUUACGUCUCCGGCCAGAGCCAGGACCUCUAGCCUGAGUGACCAACAUGAAGUUUACCAUGCGGUGGUUCUGGUAUCCUCCAUUAUGUGGUUCCAUAUUAAAGAGGUUUACAGCACCCAAGUGGAUGCCCUGACACGCGACCUGCAGCUAAACGAAGGAGGGUCACCAGGCAAAAUACAGUCCACCAUCUGGAUCAGUGGCUCAGAGCAGUCUGGAGUCACCGCGUGCCAGCUUGCUUUACAAGAACUGGUUGAUGCAGUAAGUUCCGAUUUCUGUGUACAUGAGCUUCACUUGUCCGAACUCGGCGUCGCCGACUUGGAAGAUGAAACCCUACAGGCUUGCUGCGCAGAGGUCCGGCGGCGAUUCACAAAGAUUACCGUCCGAGUGAUGAAGAGGAGUUUGUAUCUUCUCGGUCCUAAACGCCUGUGCUAUCAGGUGGGCGCUUCACUGCGGGAGGUUUUUUCUGGAGAUGGCACCCAAACAGACACGCAGAAAGACUGCGCCACCCCUUCAGUCGCAGGGCAAGUCAAGGAAGGCGAGCCUCGAACAUUAUUGGAGACCAAACAAAAUUCUGCAACUCAGGAAAGCGUCUUGAACCAUAUGGAGGACAAUACUAAAACUGAACUUGUCACUGGCGCUAACGGUCAAGGGGCGACUCGGAGAGACCCUGUCAUCAAGGAGAAAUUGGAAAGGCCAAGCGUUGUGGAUCAGGAUAAAUGUAAGGUCUUGGUCCACGGAAGUAAGGGAAGUCCCGAAAACAUGAAUGGCAUCUGGUCAAUGACGCCACAAAGCAACAAAGCCACACCGUCUCCCCAGAAGGAACCCCACCUAAGUGGCAUCUGCGUGUGCGGGGAGACCGCCACCUCCAUGAACAGGACUGAGUGUGGGGUGGUUAUGUGCACCAAGUGCCUGGAUGCAGUUCACAUCCAUUGCAGGGUGUGCCACACCGGACCACCGGGGCACUCGGUACCACCGGGCGUCCGGGGCACGAUGACCCACUGUAAACUCAACUUCAGCUUACCUGGUCACAACAAGUACGCCACCAUCAAGAUCACCUACCUCGUUCCCGAUGGUAUACAAAAGGACCAUCACCCUUCUCCUGGAAAGCCCUUCCAAGGUGGCGUCUUUGAGGCCUUCCUCCCAGACUGCGACAAGACCAGAAAGCUGUUGCCCAGGCUGGAGAACGCUUUCCGGCAGGGACUCACCUUCACUGUGACCAGCAAGAAUGGCUCCAAGGUUACCUGGGACGCGGUCCCGCACAAAACCAGCCUGCAGGGGGGCCGGUCGGGGAAUGGUUACCCGGAUUCUUCCUACUUGAAACGCCUGUCAGACAUCUUGACAUCACAUGGGAUUGAAGAGGAAGCUUCCACCCAUUGAGACUUCACCUCAGCAUUCGAGAUUCACACAUUGUUAAAGGGUCGCGCGGAGUGCUGGAGCCUAUCCCAGCUGUCAACGGGCAGGAGGCGGGGUACACCCUGGACUGGUUGCCAGCCAAUCGCAGGGCACAUAGAGACAAACAGCCGCAGUCACAAUCAUACCUAGGGGCAAUUUCGAGUGUCCAAUUAAUGUUGCAUGUUUUUGGAAUGUGGGAGGAAACCGGAGUGCCCACCCGGAGGAAACCCACGCAGGCACGGGGAGAACAUGCGAUCUCCACACAGGCAGGGGAGGGAUCGAACCCGGGUCCUCAGAACUGUGAGGCCAACACUUUACCAGCAGCCCCACCGUGCCGCCAUUUUUAUUUCAUAUUCUUGAAAAUAUAUUUUUCCACUAUUAUUGACAUUUUCCAUGAUAAUUAAAACUACAGCUUAAAGUUUCCUUUACAGAUGCCAGCUGUGCUCUAUAUUAGGGAUAGUAAGAUAAUUACACCAACCUGGCACCCAGUUAUUUUUCUUAAAAUAAGACUGAUUUAAAAAUAACAACAACAUUACGUUCACAUUUCUUGUUAUGCUUGUUUUUAUUAGUCCUGGAAAACAUGUAAGGCAUUUGGUAACAUUACACACUGAAGCAUUACGUUAAGCUGUGGCCCAUGCGGAGCCCACCCGGAGUCGAGCACAGAAAGAAGCAGCAUCAAUUCAAAAAGGGUUCCAGAAAAAAACACACAAAAAAAAAAAAUACAAGAAAGUGGUUUUGUUGAGCGACAUCGUUUUUUUUUUUGGGGGGGGUGGGGCCGAACAAAGCUACACAACACGCACGAAAAUCACGUUUCAGGGAAGCCUGUGGGGGACCGCGGGGGCGGGGUGUGUGUUUUGGGGUCAAGGGACGAGUGGCACCACAUUCCCCGAGUUCGGUGGCUGCCCAUGCUGGAGGCUUCAUUUGGCAACUUGACACGUGACUGAGCGGGCAUUCUUCUUCACACCACACGACCACAUGAGCACUAAACUAAGCUGUACUAACAAAACAUACACACAUUGUUACUUUUUUUGUUGUUUUUUUUUUCCCAACUAAACAUGCAUCCUACUACUGUACAUGAUCAGCCAAUGACUUGAAUUGAGGCCGCCUGGCUCGGUUGGCCGGCAGGCUCGGACGUGGAAUUUGGGAACGCUUCCGUCGGCGGGACGCGCACAUGACAAAUUGUGCUAUAACUCGAGCAAAAAACUGUUGGAAGGACCUGAGAAACCACACUAAAUGAAAGCCGGCAUCUGCUCUAGAUACCCCCAAAACAAAACAAAACAAAAAAAACGCAACAAGGAAUGUGACUGGACGCUUGUCGUCUCAGUGCAUUUUUAUUUUUUCUUUUACCAUCCCCUCUUUCCUUGCCACACACACUCAGAAAAGGAACACGUGACAUCCAAUCCAGAAUCGCAAUGUUUGCUCGGAAAGUUUCCUCCUGUUGCAUAAGUGUCUGGAAACGCUGCGAAACCGUUUAAAGAUGUCGCAGAAAUGUCGAAGCGGUGAGCGGAUCCACAGACGAGCAGAUUACCUCAGAGAUUACGUGACGUAGAAUAAUAUUCAAAUACUUUAUGUCACCGCUUGCCGUGCUAGGUGGGCAAGCGUUAGCGUUCCCAAACGCCGCACAUAAAGUUUUAAGGGUCUCGAGAAUAAUUCAAAGAACAAGGGUGUGGAAAAAAUCUCGCUAUCAAUCUUCAAAUGCAAACCCUUGAUAUUGUUUUUCUUGGACUUGCCUGGAUCGAGUAAUAAAACUAUAAUACUACGUCUGGUGGGCUUUUGUUAAAAUACAGGAGCCCAGACACGUAGGCCAAAGUGUUUUUUGUCUACAAAAGUGUUUAUACUUGUAGCUCCGACUUGGUUUCGAAAGUUUUAGAACCACUGCUCUACUCCAAUACUGGUGAACAGAGGAUAUCGGGUAAUAAUAAAUGGCGUAAAGGCGUCUUAAGACAUUUUCGCACAGUCUUGUACUACAUCGACAGAUGAACGCGUCAAGUCCGCCUUUCCAGAUGUGAGUUGAACCAGGAUCAGACGUAAGGCUCGUCUGCUUCGGACCCACGUAACCGCGGCCCACUGGGUCUGAAGCGACAUCUGCUCACUCACUCGCCGCACUAGCUCACGCAGUUAAGAAAGAACGCAAGAAUGUAACGUCCACAUCGGGGUCCGUUUGGCGUCGAAGUGUAAAAUCGGACCCCGUCCAGCUGCCUCUCACUGUGACGCGGUUGUAAACACGUCGGACGGGUCACCUCGGGGACCACGUACGCGAGCUGGUAGAGCACAGUGAAAAGGAUGUUGCGAUAUUUGUUAAGGGAUGGACUGAGGUAAGCUGUGUGCAGCAGGAGGAGGACGAGGAGGAUGAGGAGGAGGCACAGUGCGGGCCGACGGGCUUGAGCGACGAACCCACAAUCAAAAAUUGAGAAAAUGGGGGAAAAAAUAUCUCUCGGUGCACAUAUUUGGGAUAUUUCUGAGACGAACUGUGAACUUCGUCUACUGAGGAUGAUGAAAAUGCAUCCAAAACCACAUUUCAUACUGUAUACAUAGAUAUAUUUUUUUGUAUGCACUGUAAAUUGAAAGCAUUGACAAGAGGAAUACAUUGUCAUUUGGCACACGUGGUUCGGACACAAAAAAAAAUACAUUUUAGGAAUAAAAAGGUCCCCGACACUCCAAAGCAACAUUAAUCAAAAUACCAUAUGAUUUUUUUUUUUGGGGGGGGGGUGUCAUUUUUGUAUUUUUUUCCCUUGUGGGAGCGUUUGUUUCAUCACGCGUGGCACUCAGAACAGAAGCACCGUGCACAGGUUCACGAAGGGAGCCCAGCAGAUUAGAACUGAACACGAAUAAUAACGGGAAUCAUUAUCAGAACCAGAGCGGACUGGACAUACGCGUCUGCGCUCUGCUCACGCUCCAGCUCGCUAGGGGGCGCCACAGACAAUCUGGGGGGGGGGGACUACACUGGGGAUGGCGCUGGGGGGUGCGAUCGCCUUGCUUGUAAGUGCAUUAGGAUCAGCUAGCAGAGUGCAAAACAUACAAAAACACCAGGUUGACCUCCUAACUCUGGCCUUGAAGGAGGGAAAGGGGGCGGUUGGGGGACAGGGGGCGCUCUGUUAGGUUGGGGUACAGAAGACCUGAGGACGGACGCACACACACACACACACACACACACGUGCACACACACACGUUCACACACAA